AUGGAUUUUGAGAGUCCUGAUGUCGAAAAAGAAUUCCCGGGACUUUACGCUUCAGAGUCUGCUCGCAAAAGCAACGAGAGUGAUUUCAGCGAUGAUGGAAGUCAUGAUAAGCACGCGAAGAAGGAGCUACUAGGAAAGAAAAAAGACAAGAAGGAUAAGAAAGACCGAGGAUAUGCGACGCUGGAGGGUGAGAGUUCUCCUGAUGAGGAUCAAGAGACCAAGAGUCCGUCAAAGUCAAAAAAAUCAAAAACUUUCAAAUUUCCUUCAAAAAAACGGGAAAAGUCCAGAGAAAAAGACAGCAAAGAAAAAGAAACUGAUAAAGAUGCUAAAAAAAAGCGGGAUAAAGAUGACAAGCAUAAUGAUACUGAUAAAGAAAAACGCAAAGAUAAAGACAAGGACAAGGAUAAGUUAAAGUAUAAAUUGAAGGAUAAAAAGAAGAAGCAUGAUGAAGAUAUUGGUGAUGUUCAACCUAUUUUUGGAGUAAGUCUUCAACUAGCAGUUGAACGGAGUCGGUGUCAUGAUGGGAUUGAGCUGCCACUUGUUGUAAGAAAUUGUAUUGAUUAUUUGGAAGAGUUUGGUAUGACUACUGAAGGGCUUUACAAAGUUCCUGGUGUUAAAUCUAAAGUACAGCAUUUUAAGAAACUUUACAAUCAACGCGAGAGCGUUAACACCGCGGAGUUUGAGCCUACUGUAGCUGCUAGUCUAUUGGUAUUAUUCUUCAGAGAAUUACCAGAAGCAGUUUUAGAAAGCAGCGAAACAAUAUCCCGUUUCGAGCAAGCAGCAUCAACAAAAGAAGUAUCAACGCGUGAAUCUCAACUAACGCAACUAGUCCAGCAGCUUCCAGAAUGCAACCGGGUGCUCCUAGGCUGGGUAACCUGUCACUUGGAUCAUGUAACAGCCCGCGAAAAGACGACCAAAAUGAACGCCCAGUCCAUAGCCAUGACCUUGAGUCCAGUUUUACAGAUGAGCCACCGGCUGUUCCUGGCGCUGCUGUGCCACUGCAAGGCACUGUUCCCCGAAGUUACGCUGGACAAGUAUGUUCCGCCAUUACCGGCUGGAACAUUGUGCCUGCCUGACACUCCAGAAGCAAUUGCAAAGGAGUUAGCAAAGCAAGAGUCGCUUUUGGAACAGAUCCACAUGCAAAUGAACGCUGGGUUCGUGACCAAGUCCCGGGAAGAAUUAUUGUGGGAAGUCCAGCGGAUUAUCACUCAGUUAAAAAGGAAAUUUAAAACCGUCCAGAAGUUAGAAGGAAAUCUCCAGAAGAGUCUUGAUGAUGAGGUAAAAUCUUCUGAUGAAAAUCACGGAGAAGCUGAAACAAGUUCCGUUCCUGGAACCAAAAUUUUAGCGACCAGUUCCGGGAACUCAGGAACUAAUUCUAACUCUGGUUCCUCUGGAGUGUUAAAUUCCGCAGCUGGAGUGUCUAGCUCAUCAAAUUUGGGUUCAGGAACGGCAAGUUCCGUUCCUGGAACAUUAGGAACAGUUGGAACAGCAGGAACUGCGACUGCAGAGCCACCUGUGGUUGAUACUGAGUUACCAACAGCGACUAAAGAGACUAAAGAUGUCGUUGACGCUUCGGAAGAAGUUAAAGAAGAUGAAAAUGACAAUUUAGUUGAAAAAUUGCGAGAAAUGUUAAUUCAUGAUGAAUUAUUAAACAUGGAAACUGUUUUGAAAAUGAGGAUACAGCAAGAAAGAAGUGAAAUUAAGAAGCUUAAUGAUAUGAUUGUAGAAAAUCCGGAAAUAGUUAAGGUUAAGGAUAAAGAACGGGUUCAUUCGCCAAAUGAAGCUGAAAUCACUGCGAUGAUACAGCUAGCCAAAGAAAAUCAACUUCUAGAGAUAAGAAAAAAACAACAAAUAAUGCCCGAAUCACAAUCAAUAACUAUCACCGAAAGUAUAAACUCCUUCAUCGAAUUCAUUCGUAACUUAAAGGUAUCCAUCAGCACCUUUCGGUUAUCAUUCAAAUUCGUUUACGACACCUACAUACUACAAUUCAAACAACUAAAUGCCUCUGGGCGUAAAAAAAACUACGGAUCACUCCGCAAGAUCCAAAAGUUGUACGAAAAAAUAAUGAAAUUCCUGAACAAUUACAUGAACGACUUCAGCAAAGAAUACUCUGAAACUUUAUCACUUGCCGUGGAAAUAAACUCCCUAGCUGAAGAGUUUAACUCUUUUAACAAUAGAUUCCCCAAACCGGUAAUCGACGGAAUGGGCCCUAAUGAAUUGUACCAACGAUCUAGAAGGUUGGCCGUCAUUACAGAGCGCCACAACAAGCUCGCCAUUUUGUACAACGGUCGCAUUCACCGCUUUAAUGCUCUGUUAGAUAACCUCAAGAGUCAAACUCUUGUCUACGAACAUUCAAAGAAACGGAAAUUAAUGACACUAUCAAUAAGCGACAAGCUAAGCGAGUUUACCCGGCUGGUUGACGAAAGCUUUACUUCAAUGGGUUUAUUGAGCGCUAAUGUCAAUUCAGAUUUCCUCAAAAACUACAAUAAUGUUGUAGGUAGUGUUAAUUUGACUCCUAUUAAUCUUCUAAAUGGUGGAAAUUGGACUGUUGACCCACAAAGUUGGUUCCCGCCGUCAGCAACAGAUGGCGCCAAAUUCCAAAGUCAGAAUUAUCAUGAGAAUUUGAAAAUGGUUAAAGCUGAAGAAGCGGUAAUGCAAAAAGCAAAGUUGAUAACUAAAUCAAAAACUUUCAUCAAUUUUGGAAGAAAUGUAGAUGCGUUUAAUAGUAAGAUUAAAGAUGCUGCGCUAAAAGUUUUUAUAGAUUGCCAAUUACUAUCUUUGCCGCCAAAUUCAAUUAUUUGGUCUCAAUUACAAGAAAUGUUGAUCCAACAUCCUUUCUUAAUGCCAAAUUUAAUGCUACAAAACGGACCCAUUAGUCUAAUUGAAGAAACUCGGAAAUUGGAGGAAACAGCUAUUGAGUGCUUGAAAAUCAGCCCUGAUGAUUUUGAAAUUGAAAAAAUUACUGUAAACGAUCUUUUUGACUUUACUACUCCGAAAGCUAAUGAAGUGUUGCUGUACUAUGAAAAUAAAGGAGUUAUUUUGUGGUUGCAGUACUAUUUUCUUAUUUACAAACGCGGGUUAUGGAUUAAGGAUAUGCUUGAUAGAAAUUUGAGUGAUGAAUUCUUGAGGCAUUAUAGAAGUUACUUUAAACGGGUUCAUGGAUUUACUGAAGCGGUUGCAAUGGAAGAAUUUAUAGCGGAAAAUAUUAACGGAAGAAUGGUAGAAAAGAUUCGGAAACUUUUCAAUUAUGCAGAUAAUAUGACUGCUGAUGUUAAAUCUGAAAUACGGAAAAAAUUGUGUGAAUCUUUUAAAAAGAUCAAUUAUGAGGAGUAUUUGAAUUUUGUGGAUAAACUUGAAGCGGCUGAAUUUAAACAGCUUGGAAAGAAAACUGAUAUUAUAAAUAGGAUUAAUAGUCGUCAGGAAAAUUUGGAAAAAUUGAAAGACGAACAUAGAAAAUUGCUUCAGGAAUAUCUUUAG